AUGAGCAAACCGAUCGUUCUUCAACUGGGUGAUGACAUCCGCUGGAACCAUGAAUUGUACGCAAAGUUCAAAGAUCAGUUCGAGAUCCGUCGCUCGUACAGUAUGUCGCGACUGGAGUUUAUCCGUGCCUUGAAGGAGAAGAAGUUUGGUGACUUCUCUGCCAUGUAUCGGCCUUUCUGGAACACGGGUGGUGAGAUGGGAAGCUGGGAUGAGGAUUUGAUCUCUCUGCUUCCUGACUCGUGCAAGGUGUUUGCCAGUGCUGGCGCUGGUUUCGAUUGGGUUGAUACUGCCUGCUUGGCGAAAAAGGGAGUUGUGUACUGCAAUGCUGCCGCUGCUUGUACCGAGUCUGUAGCUGAUGCAGCUCUCUGGUUGAUCAUCUCCACAUUCCGCUUGUUCUCUUGGUCGUCAAUGGCUGCUCGUUCCUUGGACGCUGACCAGUUCGUUGAUGCAAACCGCAAUCUUGCCCCGGUCUCACUCAACCCCAAGGGCCACACUCUUGGUAUCAUUGGGUUCGGUCAGAUUGGUCGUCGCACAGCGGAGAAGGCCUACCUGGCCCUUAACAUGAAGAUUCUCUACCAUGAUAUUGUCAAGAUGCCACGUGAGCUGGAGCAGGUCUCCCAGGCGACUUUCCACAAGGAUAUGGACAUCCUGCUAGCCGAGUCCGACUGUGUGGUGGUGGCCACGCCUUUCAGCGGCGAGACUCUGCUCAAUGCCUCACUGCUCGCGAAGAUGAAGCGUGGCUCGCGGCUGGUCAACAUCGCCCGUGGUAAGCUCUUGGAUGAGGCUGCCCUGAUCGAUGCCUUGAAGAAUGGCCAGCUUUCUAGUGCGGGUCUGGAUGUACACUUCAACGAGCCCCAUGUCAACCCUGAAUUGGGUAAGAUGAAGAACGUCGAGAUCUUGUCACACAACGCUGGUGCGUCUCUGGACUCCCACAUCGGCUUUGAGCGUCUUGGCAUGGAGAACAUUACUUCUUUCCACGAGAAAGGCAAGGCCGUCACUCCUGUCAAUGCACACUUGGUUGCCAAGGCAGCAGCAUCCAAGCUGUAA